AUGGUGGACCUGGGGGCAGCCUUGGAGCUUAGGUCCACUGACCUGCAGAGCUCCAGGAACAACAAGGAGCACCACACACAGGAGAUGGGCCUGAAGCGGCUCAUCGUUCGCCGUGGCCAGAUCUUCAAACUCCAGCUGAGCUUUAACCGACCCUUCCAGUCUCAGACCGACGACAUCACCUUUGUGGCUGAGACUGGACCUGAACCCACAGAGCUGCUGGGGACCCGAGCCACGUUCCUACUCACCCACACCCGACGUGGGAAUGUCUGGAGUGCUUCUGACUUUGCCAUUCACUCCAACUCUCUCCAAGUCUCCCUUUUCACGCCAGCCAAUGCAGUUAUUGGCCACUACACCCUGAAGAUAGAGCUCUCUCAGGGCCAAAGUCACAGUGUGACUUACCCACUGGGGACUUUCAUUCUGCUUUUUAACCCUUGGAGUGCAGAGGAUGACGUCUACCUGCCAAGUGAAAUACUGCUGCAGGAGUAUAUCAUGAGGGAUUAUGGUUUUGUUUACAAGGGUCAUGAAAGAUUCAUCACCUCCUGGCCUUGGAACUAUGGGCAGUUUGAAGAGGACAUCAUAGAUAUCUGCUUUGAGAUCCUGAACAAGAGCCUGUACUUCUUAAAUAACUCAUCCAAAGACUAUUCCAAGCGGAACGACGUGGUGUACGUGUCCCGGGUAGUGAGCGCCAUGAUCAACAGCAAUGAUGACAACGGCGUACUGCAGGGGAACUGGGGAGAGGACUACUCCAGGGGAGUCAGCCCUCUGGAGUGGAACGGCAGCGUGGCCAUCCUGCGGCAGUGGUCGGCCAGGGGCGGGCAGCCUGUGAAGUAUGGACAGUGCUGGGUCUUUGCAUCUGUGAUGUGCACUGUGAUGAGAUGCUUAGGUGUUCCAACCCGUGUUGUUUCCAAUUUCCGUUCUGCACACAAUGCAGAUGGGAACCUGACCAUUGAUACCUACUACGACCAAAAUGCAGAGAUGCUGCCAACUCAGAAACGAGACAAAAUAUGGAACUUCCAUGUCUGGGAUGAGUGCUGGAUGAUUCGCAAAGAUCUGCCACCAGGAUACAAUGGGUGGCAGGUUCUGGACCCCACUCCCCAGCAAACCAGCAGUGGGCUGUUCUGCUGCGGCCCCGCCUCCGUGAAGGCCAUCAUGGAAGGGGACGUCCACUUGGCCUACGACACCCCUUUUGUGUAUGCCGAGGUGAACGCCGAUGAAGUCAUCUGGCUGUUUGGGGAUGAUGGCCAGGCUCGGGAAAUCCUGGCACAUAACACCAGUUCCACUGGGAAGGAGAUCAGCACCAAGACGGUGGGGUCAGACCAGCGCCAGAACAUCACCCGUUCCUACAAGUAUCCGGAAGGAUCUCCUGAGGAACGGUCUGUAUUCAUGAAGGCUUCCCGGAAAAUGCUGGGCCCCCAAAGGACGUCUUCACCCUUCCUGGACCUACUGAGUUCCAGGGAUUUUGAGGAUCAGCCAGCGAAGCUGCAGCUUCACCUGGCUAGGACACCCGAGUGGGGCCAAGACCUGCUGCUGAAGCUGCAUGUCUGGAGGGUGCCAGACAGAGCCCACCCUCAGGGGCCCAUAGGACUAGAGGUGCGCUUCUGUGCACAGGCCCUGCUGCAUGGGGGUGCCACCCGAGAGCCCCUCUGGAGGCAAAUGGUGCACUUGAACCUGGACUUUGGGAAGGAGAUACAGUGGCCACUUCUGCUGCCCUACAACAACUACAGAAACAAGCUGACAGACGAAAAGCUGAUCCGCGUGUCUGGCAUCGCCAAGGUUGAAGAGACGGGGAGGUCCCUGCUCUUUCUAAAAGAUAUCUCUCUUGAGCCGCCCCACUUGUCUAUUGAGGUGUCGGAGAGGGCUGAGGUGGGCAAGGUGCUGCAAGUCCAUAUCACCCUCACCAAUACCUUGACGGUGGCUCUCAGUAACUGCACGAUGGUGCUGGAGGGAAGUGGCCUCAUUGACGGGCAGGUAGCAAAUGACCUUGGGACUCUGGUGGCUGGAGAGACUAUCCAAAUUCAGUUGGAGCUCUACCCCAUCAAAGCUGGACCCCGCCAGCUACAGGUCCUCAUCAGCAGCAGCGAGAUCAAGGAGAUCAAGGGCUACAAGGAUGUCUUCAUUGCAGCUAGAGCUGUCUGA